AUGGAGAAUAAAGAGUGCAAGAGGUCAGAGGUCAGUGGGAAUGACCUCACCCUCAUAGACCUGGAUGACCACAUCAAUGAAGCUGAUGUUAUGAAGGAAGUCAGAUCCCAUAAAGAUCACAGAGAGGCUGAGAGACUGACCAAGUUGGACGAGGCUGUUCUAGAGACAGAUACCCCAACUCAGUCACAGGAGGUUGAAGGAGAGAGAUGCAGUGGUGACCUUCACUACCGUGACCCAAAGGAUGCAACCUCCCAGACCAGCCUCACCCUCAGCAGGGGAAAGAGAAGCUACCCAGACCUACACACCUUUGUGCAGGACAUGAAGGACGCAAUGAGCAGACAUGAGUUUAGUGCCAAGUGCAUGGAUAUUGUAGCAUGGGUGAUGGAGUCUACAUCCACUGUGGUUGUUCCCGCCCUUGACCUCACCAUGCAGAUAGAGCUCUCUGAUUCGCCAAGCUCUUCUGGAUCAGGAAGUAAUGAGGCAGGAGAGGUGACCUCUCUUGGCCGCAGCGUCAGAUUCAGCUGUAGUGGAGGACCCAGCAAGUGCACCAGCGCCAGAACCGCCUGCAGCACACGCACUCCCACGCCUUUCCCCUCCUCUCACAGGUCCAUGACCUCUUUGCUGAGUGAGAACGAAGAGCGAUAUGUCUCCUCACCUGAGGUUGGCGAUAGAGAGAUGAGACACAGACUACACUCAGCACCACUGAGAUCUGUGUUUGGAAUCUCUGAGGACUCUGUCUUCGACAUGGUCCAGAGCGGCCAGUCGCAGAGUGACAUCGUACUGCCGCCGAAACGAAGAUUUUUGGAUAACAGGAACCCGUCAAGGCCACAGAGUGCCUGCUCCCACAACUCAGCUAGUGGAGCAAUAGAUAAGAGAGCUCUUGCUGGGGACUUGGUCAGACAGGUGUCUGUCAAACUCAGCCCGUUUGUCUCUGAGAGUCAACUCUCCACCAUGUCCAUGACAGAUCUGUCAUCAUCUUUUUCUGACUCCACCUUGAAGCAGUUGUGUUCUCGCUCUGUUGUUGCUCUGGCAACUGCCUGUCAAGCAAUCAAAACAGAGCUCGAGAACCAGAGACCUACCAACCUGGCAGCCAGAGACCUACUAUCGUCUCUGGUAGAGACCAUUGAGGACAUGGAUAUCUCUGACAUCCUCCAGGGCCCGUCUGCCAUUUUGGAGGAGGCUGCUGUGAUAAAGCACCCAGAGAUGUCCACCUCGACAAUAUACAGAUCUCUGCUUCUCGACUCAUCUCUCGCCUCCUCUAAGAUGGUCACUGAGAGCAUUAUCUUCAACAACCCAUGCCCAUCAGAGGAGAAUGUGAGUAUUCAGAAGGAGCGCCCUGCUGAUAAAGUUGACAUCCUCCUUGGUCAGCCAGUGGAGGAGUAUAUUGUCAAAGCUGAGCAAUGCAUCACUCAGGUCAUUCAGGAUGCAGCUGUGACAUAUACUGCUGCGCUGGAUAAAACCGACACUUGUGGGAAACUGUCGGAAAUCCUAUCUGUCCAUGUUUCCUCAGAGAAUAUUGAGGAGGCAUCCUCUGAUCUCUUUGGUGGAAUUAUUUCCGACCUGCAUGAGGUAUAUGAGGUCAAUAAGGCCUCCAAGCGUACGAAACCAGGUCGCAAAAUGUUCUGGGUGGAAGAAUCUCCUGUACAGAAGACAGACAGUAAGACCCCUUCUAAGUCCUCAGCCCACCAGCUCACCCUCGACACCUGCACUAAAGGGGUAAUCAAACAGGUGAUCUCGGUGCUGAGGGUGGACACUUCAAAGGAAGACUGCUCCGCUUCCGUUGGGGAGAGCAAGACAAAUUCAUCCUUCGACUUCAACCAGAAGUUGGACUCGAUAAUUUCGAAAUUGGAGGACCUCACCAUUUUGAGUGAUGUGACGUCAGCCGAGAUUGCCACACUCAUGCGAUCUCUUAGUGCAGCCAGCAGAACCUCUAACAUUUCCAUCCAGAGCUUUUACAGUACUGAGUUCCGAGCUAAGGCCAAACACAUUGUGAGUGAGACCAUUCUCAGAGCUGCUAGCAAAGCCAACCAUUCUUUGCUACAGGGCAUGCCUAGCACCGCCUUCUCACACCAUGUGGUUUCUACAGCCGAAGAUAUAGUAAAUAUUAUCAUGCAAGACCUUGAAAGUGUAUCCCAGUACACUGUGGACGACGCAGACUCCUUCCCACUAGGAGAGAAAAAGCUGGAGUCCCAGCUCAAACCCAGAGUUGUCUUUGACAACUUAUUGGAUGCUGCUCAAACCAUGUACCACAGAGUAAAGGAUAGACUGAACAUCUUUUUCUCUUUUCCACCAGUGUCAGUCACCACAGCCAAAGAUGUGCUGGACUCCACCCCUGUGGAGACACUCAGACGCAUUAAGUCCCCUGACACUGCUCUUGUUGAGGACAGGAGCCGCCCUCCGUCUGUGAGAAGUGAGAAGCCUUUGUCAAAAGUCUGUUUGGCUAAAAGGUCUAAAGCCCUUGUGUCUUCAAGUGGCUCUUCAACAGACCACCAUGUAAUUGACACAUGCAGUGAGGAUGUCACUCUGCCCACCAGGAGUAUGUCAGUUGUGAGCAACAACAGUUUGAAGAGAGCCUCUCCUCUCCACGGCAGUGGUUUGAGUGAAAGUUGCAAACCUCUUGUGGCUCUAAAAGACGUAACAGUGGCAGUCAGCCAAGAAGGCUUUAGCAAAACUGCAAAGAAGAUGCUCAGCUUGAUCCUAAAUGUGAUCAAGUGUAGAGUGGCCAACUCUGAGAGUUCAUCUGUUGGGCAGAUUGCAAGUCAGGAGUGUCUGAUAGCCACUAACAUGUUAGACUCUUUACUGGAGAGCCUUGACCAGUUGCCUGACAUGAGCGCUGCCGAUGAGAUCACAAGGACAGAAUCCCAUACCUCUAUCGCAAUGGACGAGACAGGUUCAUGGUCAACGCUUGUGAGCCAACAAGAAAUAAACAUAUCUGACACCAAUAUCAUAGUGAAAACUAUAAUGGACACAUUGAAGACGGACGACCCAGAGAUGACUUCAGCAGAAGAAAAUCUGGAUAGGCUCCUGUCAGUUGAAGCCCUUCAAGGUGCGUCUGACAACCUGAUCGCAAAGGUCCACGGUCUCAUUCUGGAGAUAACCAUAAGCCGCCAGCUUCAAUCCAUGGCUGGCCACAGAAGCCUCUCUCCACCAGCGCUGCCUAAGCCAGCCCUGAGGAAGCUGUCAAAGGACGAUGCCUCAGAGCUCAUUUACAACUUUGCCCAGACUUCUGUUAGGAGACUCCUGGGGCAGUGUAUGGGAAGGCCUAUGCCACCCUCGGCUGAAAUGGUUUUGGAUCAGGUCAUCAAGUUGAUGACAGACGUGGUGAUGGACAGCCUGACUUAUGGGUCCAAGUCUGCAAUGGAGGAUGACACCAGCAAUGCCGCAAGUGACAUCAUUCAUGGUGUUGUAGCUGACCUUAAUGCUACUGAGGAAUUCCCUGCCAGGAGCCUUAGCCCGGCUGAUGUAAAGGCUGACGGCAUGGCCCGCCUUCCCUCUGCCAGAGGGGAAGAGACUAAGAAGAACAGGAAGUGGCAUUUCCUACCGAAAAUGCAUACGUUUCCAAAGAUCAUGAUUAAGCUGUUCAAGACAAAAGGGGAACCGAAGAGCCACCCUGAACUGGAUUGGCUGCCUACCAAACGUCUCAGAGAGACUCAUAUUUCACAGGAUGCUGAGUGUGAGGUUCCAGAGGUUCCAUCCACUUCCCCACCCAAGGAGGACCUGACAACCACACCGGCCCCUGCUCCCCAGGAGUCCCAGUCCCGUAAACGCCCUCUCAUAGUCAGGGUGUUACACGCUCUCUCCAGAGCCAUCUCCAAACCAUUCAGAGGAGCUUCUGGGAAGAAGAAUUAGCUAAAUGCCUGAUUUCAUUAAUAUUAUAUUUUAAUCAGAGCCUUUAUUUAAUAAAACAUUACUGCAUUGA